UCCGGACGUAUCUUCUCUACAAACAAAAAAGAAACACCAAGAUCGAAAACUUGUUUUGAGAACCACAGAAGCAAAUAUCCUUUUUGUCAUGGCAUUAUCUAUAUCUUCCACUUCCACGAUGAUAUUUUCCAAGUCCCCUCAGUUCGUGAAUCGCUUGAGAGUGGUUAAAACAAAGUGUGAAUCAAAAGAGCCACCACCUGAGACCGGCCGGCCGCCGGCAAAAAGUUCAAAACUUGAAAUAGGCUCCCCUGUUAUUGUUAUCGAGGCUCCCAAAAUGAUAAAGACCGCUGCAUCUGUUCCAUGCCUUCGGGUGAAUUCUGGCUUAGUCAACCCUGGUGAUGUGGGAAGAAUUGUGUCAAGAAAGCCUAAGGAUUUAUGGGCCGUUCGGCUUACAGUUGGCACUUAUCUCAUAGAUGGGAAAUAUUUCAAGCCCUUGCAGCUUGAUGAAUGAUUCAGUAGGCUCUAUCAGCUUGUUUUUAAUUUGAAGCAUUGGAGGACAUCAUCUUGUCCAAGCAUAA